CUGGAUCUGUCGGAAUUCCUUCCAGGAUCGAGACAUCAUGCCAGAUCCGUAUUGCGCUACCACAUGAACGAGAGCGCGUGUAGAUCUCAGCUUCAAGGGUCUGGUUUGAACAAUCCACAGGCUGUGGGGAAAGGACACAGCAUCUUUGUUUUUGUGUGUUUCUUUCUUGUUGGAGGUAAAUGUGCAGGCUGAAUGGCAGGAGCACAGCCCGGGGUUCAUGCGCUGCAGCUCAAGUCGGUGUGCGUACCGGAGAGUCUGAAGAAAGGCAGCAGGUUUAUGAAAUGGGACGAGGAUUCUUCUACGGUAACCCCAGUGACAUUACGUCUGGAUCCACAGGGCUACUUUCUGUACUGGACUGAUCAGAAUAAGGAAACGGAUCUGUUGGAGAUCACUCAUAUCAAGGAUGCAAGAACAGGGAAAUGUACCAAAACACCAAAGGUACCCAAGCUGCGUGAGUUGCUUGAUGUUGGGAACCUGGUGGGCCGGAUAGAAAACAAGAUGCUGACGGUGGUCACAGGGCCAGACAUGGUCAAUAUCACAUAUCUAAACUUCAUGGCCUUCCAGGAGGAAGUAGCAAAGGAGUGGGCAGAGGAGCUGUUUAGUCUGGCGUCCAACCUGCUGGCUCAGAACAUGAAUAGAGAGGCCAGUCUGGAAAAAGCAUACACAAGGCUUAAGCUGCAGCCAAACCAAGAUGGACGCAUUCCGGUAAAGAACAUAUUUCGCAUAUUUUCAGCUGACAGGAAGCGAGUGGAGACGGCGCUGGAGAGCUGUAAUCUUCCAUCAGGCAGGAAUGAUUCCAUUCCUUUGGAGGACCUUACUCCUGAUGUUUACAAAUCAUUUCUUGCCAACCUCUGUCCCCGACCUGAAAUCAACCAAAUAUUUGCAGAUCUUGGAGCCAAGGGCAAAAAUCAUCUGAACAUGGAGCAGAUGACUGAGUUCAUUAACAAUAGGCAGCGGGAUCCUCGUUUAAAUGAGAUCCUGUAUCCUCCUCUAAAGGCAGAACAGACGCUGCUGCUUAUGGAAAAGUUUGAGCCCAACCAAGACAUGAUUCAAAAAGGACAGAUAUCAACGGAGGGCUUCGCCAGGUAUCUGAUUAGCGAUGAGAAUGGUGUAAUCCCACCUGAGAAACUGGACCAGAGUGAAGACAUGUCCUUCCCUCUUUCUCAAUAUUUCAUCAACUCUUCCCACAACACCUAUCUCACAGCUGGGCAGCUUGCAGGAAACUCUUCGGUGGAGAUGUACAGGCAGGUGAUGCUCUCUGGCUGUCGCUGUGUGGAGCUCGACUGCUGGAAGGGACGUACAGCUGAGGAGGAGCCAGUGAUCACCCAUGGCUUUACCAUGACCUCUGAGAUCUCCUUUAAGGAAGUAAUUGAGGCCAUCGCUGAGUGUGCUUUCAAAACAUCACCUUUUCCUGUUAUCCUGUCCUUCGAGAAUCAUGUGGACUCUCCAAAACAACAAGCCAAGAUGGCAGAAUAUUGCAGAUCAAUCUUUGGAGAUGCUCUUUUAACAGAGCCACUUGAGAAAUAUCCAGUUGAGGCAGGGGUUCCGUUACCCAGUCCACAUGAGUUGAUGGGGAAGAUUCUCGUCAAGAACAAAAAGUCUCAUCCCAAACCAUCUGAAGGCAGCACGAAGAAGAAGCUGUCCGAGCAAGCAUCCAACACCAACAGUGAUUCCUCCAGUGUCUUUGAGCCUUCCUCACCCAGUGCUGGACCUGCAGAUGAUGACGAAGAUGAAGACGACUAUGAUGAUGACUGCAAGAAGUCAAUGGAUGAAGGCACAGCAGGAUCUGAAGCCUUUGCUACUGAGGAAAUGUCCACUUUAGUUAAUUACAUCCAGCCCACAAAGUUCCACUCAUUCGAGACUUCAAAAAAGGUGAACCGCAGUUAUCAGAUGUCAUCAUUUGUGGAAACCAAGGCUCUGGAGCAACUCACUAAGUCUCCUGUGGAGUUUGUAGAAUACAACAAACUUCAGCUGAGCAGAAUCUACCCCAAGGGAACUCGAGUGGACUCAUCCAACUACAUGCCUCAGGUGUUCUGGAAUGCUGGCUGCCAACUGGUGGCACUAAACUUUCAGACAAUUGACCUUUUCAUGCAGCUGAAUUUAGGCAUGUAUGAAUAUAAUGGGAAGAGUGGCUACAGACUAAAGCCUGAGUUCAUGAGACGUCCAGAUAAGCACUUUGACCCUUUUACAGAGAGCACUGUGGAUGGCAUUGUGGCCAAUACCUUAUCAAUAAAGAUCAUAUCUGGCCAGUUUCUUACUGACAAGAAGGUGGGUGUGUAUGUUGAAAUCGACAUGUUUGGACUGCCAGUGGACACGAGGAGGAAAGCUUUUAAAACAAAGACGUCUCAGAACAACGCCAUCAACCCUGUGUGGGAUGAAGAACCGAUCGUGUUCAAAAAGGUGGUUCUACCCACACUUGCCUCACUGAGAAUAGCUGUAUUUGAAGAGGGUGGAAAGUUCAUUGGCCAUAGGAUAAUUCCUGUUACAGCCAUUCGACCAGGUUAUAGGUAUAUUGGACUGAGGAAUGAGAAGAACCAAUCACUCACCCUUCCAGCUAUAUUUGUGUAUAUUGAAGUUAAGGAUUAUGUUCCUGACACCUUUGCAGAUGUUAUAGAGGCACUAUCCAACCCAAUCAGAUACGUCAACUUAAUGGAGCAGAGAUCCAAGCAGCUGGCUGCUCUGACAUUAGAAGAAGAGGAGGAGGAAAAAGAUGCCAAAGAGACUGACUCUGGAGCUGAGCAGGCUUCAGAGUCCAAACAUGAGCCUAAACCUGCUCCUGUGGAGAAUGGUCUGAGUCACGCUCUGAGUGCAACACCAAAACCAGCAUCACAGCUCAACACACAGCCCCAAUCUACAGGAUCAGCUAAACCUGCUGUCAAGACUGAAGACCUUAUUCACAGUGUCCUUACUGAGGUAGAAGCCCAGACAUUAGAGGAGCUGAAGCAGCAGAAAGUGUUUGUCAGAGAGCAGAGGAGACACUAUAAAGAAAUGAAAGACCUGGUAAAGAAACAUCACAAGAAAACCACAGAACUGAUCAAGGAACACACAGCCAAAUACAACGAGUUCCAGCACGACUAUCUUCGCAGAAGAGCUGUGCUUCAGAAAUCUGCCAAAAGAGAGGGUAAGAAGAGGUGUCUGUCCUCUAGUCCAGAGCAUGGUGCUUCGUUUUUUGAGCAGGAGCUUGCAACUUUGGACCAGGAAAGUGGACAGAAACUGGCCGAGCUGAAAGAACAGCAGCAGCAGCAGCUACUGAACCUGCGGCAAGAACAGUACUACAGUGAGAAGUACCUGAAGAAGGAACAUAUCAAACAGCUAAUGCAAAAACUAACCAUGCUAGCUGAGGACAGUCAAAGCAACCAAACAAAGAAGCUAAAGGACGUAUGUGAGAAAGAAAAGAAGGAACUGAAGAAGAGAAUGGACAAGAAAAGACAAGAGAAGCUGAAUGAAGCCAAAUCGAAAGACAAACACCUAACAGAGGAGGAGAAAAUGGAGAUCAACAGGUCGUAUGUGAAUGAAGUGGUGCAGCAUAUUAAAAGAUUAGAAGAUGCUCAGACCAAAAGACAUGAAAAGCUUGUGGAGUCCCAUAAGAACAUUCUUCAACAAAUUACUGAUGAGAAACCCAAGCUGCAGAAUGAACUGGAUCAGGAGUAUCAGGAUAAGUUUCGACGGCUGCCGGUGGAGAUUCAGGAGUUUGUGCAUGAAACCACCAAGAGAAAGAGUGACGGGAGCGAUCAGGAGUCUCUGCCUAUGUCCAGUACGCUGGAAAAACUCAGCCAUAAAGGAGCGCAGUCUGAGGAUGAUAUGGAAGAUGAGAAAAAAGACUGAUGAU